UUAAGGGUGCCCUGUAAAAAAUGCAUUGUUGUUGGUAAUGGAGCAGUUCUGAAGAAUAAGACACUGGGAGAAAAAAUAGACUCCUACGAUGUGAUAAUAAGAAUAAAUGAUGGACCUGUCAGAGGCUAUGAAGAGGAUGUUGGAACAAAAACAACUUUCCGGAUAUUUUACCCAGAAUCUGUUUUUACAAACCCAGAGGACCAAGACCCUGACUCUGUUGUCAUCCUUACAGUCUUCAAAUACUAUGACUUGAUGUGGUUGUGGGAAUUGCUGGAUGGUGACACACCAGAUACUAGUCAUUUCUGGAAGAAACCAGCCUUAAACCUUAUCUAUAAAACUGAAAAAAUCAGAAUCCUAGAUCCUAUUAUUACAAGAAUAGCUGCUUUUGACCUGCUUCACUUUCCAACAUCUUUUCCCAAAGAGGAG